AAAGGAAAAGUCAAACUUUCAUCCAUCAUAUUUUCAAUUCCCAUAUAUAGAAAUUUCCUCAUCAGUACUUCUACAUCAUCAUCGUUAUCAUCACUUCAACCAGCUCCUCGAUCUCCCCUGAAUGAGUCACCCUCGUAUUCCCCCUCCUGUAGCAGAACCAGAGCAAGAGGAAACUGAUGCUGGUAGAGAAGAUGAUGAAAGGGAGGAAGAAGAAGAGGGAGGAAAACAAGAAGGGAGAGGGACAUGGAAGCACGGAGCUUUCCAUGUCGCCACCACCAUAGCCACCCCCGCCGCUUACGCUCCUCUGCCCUUCGCCCUCGCCUCCCUCGGCUGGCCAUUGGGUGUGAGCAGUCUUGUCAGCGGAACCCUGGCCACAUGGUACUCUAGCAUACUCAUUGCUUCUCUAUGGAGAUGGAACGGGAAGAAGCAUAUCACAUACAGACAUCUCGCCGAGAGCAUAUUCGGAUUCUGGGGUUAUUGGGCCAUCGCAUUCUUUCAGCAGGUCGCUUCUCUGGGGAAUAAUAUUGCCAUUCAGAUAGCUGCUGGUAGUAGCCUUAAGGCAGUUUACAAGUACUUCAACAACGACGGCACUCUCACUCUGCAACAUUUCAUAAUAUUCUUCGGGGCUUUCCAGCUUUUCCUGUCACAGCUUCCCAAUAUCCACUCCCUGAGAUGGGUUAAUGCAGUUUGCACAGCUUGUACCAUUGGUUUUGCCGCCACAACGAUUGGUGUGGCAAUUUACAAUGGAAAAGAGUUGGACAGAAAAACAAUCAGUUACAGUCUGCAGGGAAGCUCUUCUGGAAAAGUUUUUGGAGCCUUCAAUGCACUUGGAGCAAUUGCCUUCUCCUUUGGGGAUGCUAUGCUUCCGGAAAUACAGAACACCUUGAGGGAACCGGCCAGGAAGAACAUGUACAAGGGCGUGUCUGCUGCUUACAGUAUCAUUGUCCUCACAUACUGGCAGUUGGCCAUCUACGGGUACUGGGCUUUUGGGUCGGAUGUUCAGCCUUACAUCCUGGCCUCUCUGACAAAGCCGAAGUGGAUGAUCGUGAUGGCAAAUAUUUUUGCUGUGAUUCAGAUAUCGGGUUGCUUUCAGAUAUAUUGCAGGCCAACCUAUGCUUGCUUCGAGGAUAGAACGAUGUUCAGGGAAACUUGUUCUGACUUACCCUUCAGAAAUCAGCUUCAGCGGCUUAUUUUUACAUCAGUUUACGUAGUGAUCGUCACCCUUAUUGCAUCUGCAAUGCCCUUCUUCGGGGACUUUGUGUCCAUCUGUGGUGCAAUAGGGUUCACCCCGCUCGACUUUGUGUUCCCUGCCUUAGCCUACCUGAAGGCCGGAAGAAUGCCCAAGGACCCGAAGUUGAAGGUUUUGUUGCAAUUCGUGAAUUCCUUGAUAGCUACAUGGUACUCGGUUGUCGCAGUUUUGGGCUGCAUUGGGGCAAUCAGAUUCAUUACAGAAGAUGUCAAGACUUACAGAUUCUUCCAUGAUAUGUGAUUAAUCAAUUAUGGCUCAGAUCCUUGUGUAUUCAGAGUUUUAAGAAAGAUAUAAAUAACAUAUAUCGACCGAGACAAGAAAAAGGAAAAUCAUAUACCUCGGGCUGCAAUUUACUGA